GCCCCUCUCCUUUGUUUUUUUUUUUGGUAAUCACAGUCUUCUCAAGGCUUACAAUCUGAAGACGGAAAUUUCCAGAAGGCCGGGGCCGGAGAGCAGAGAGAACAGUCAGCCCAUCCUCCUCCUCGACCCAAAUCAGCAGCUGCCCCACGCCGUCACCAAACCCUAAACCGCACCACCACCCGUGUCGGAGCCAGGCUCUUUGUGUUGUGCAUUUGCCUGGAUUUUUAACAAGCGAAAGCAUCAGUUAAGAGUAUUGGUCCAACUUCUAAGAGAAGGAUUAGAGAUGUAUCUUUGCAAAACGCUGAAAAUAUAACAGACCAAAUUUGGCCACAAGCUUCAAAGACUCCAACUUUGUAUUGCUUUAUUCGACAGCUUGAUGUCAGAUUCUAACAAUUUCUUAGCUGCUAUUCAUGUGUUAUGUUCUGGGUUCACUUCAGCCUUUGAGAAAACUCAUUCAGUUUGGUCUAAGUUGAGCUUGAAAGAUUUCAAAUAGUUUGAUUCUUGACAUGAGACACUUAUGAAUGGCGUGGAGACAGCUUACCAAAAAGGGCAUACGUGCCGGUCUAAAUACUGAUUUGACGUCAAGACUACGAAGAUAUGCAGUGGGAUUUACUUCUUUAUCUAAUGUUGAUGAUGUAGUAAAAUCAGUUUUGUGUACAGCAGAGCCCUCAUUUAAAGUUAAGUCACGAAAGCUUGUGUGUGGUGAAAUAUUGAUAAAAGACAUCCAAAUACGAUGCUAUCAUGGGAGAAAUGGGAAUGACCAGUCAUUUGGUUUAAAACCUCCGAAGAGAGAGAAGUUUGUAAAGAGGGACAAUAAGGCACAGCCUCCUGUUGAUGCUCCAUAUGUGCCUCCUAAACCACAAAGAACUACCAAGGCCAUGCCAGAUAAGACAAUUGAGAUUUUUGAAGGUAUGACAAUUGAUGAACUUGCCAAGCACACUGGACAGUCAAUAUCUACUCUGCAAACCAUUCUUACAAAUGUUGGGGAAAAGGUUGGCUCGGAGUUUGAUACUCUCAGCGUCGACAUUGCAGAGCUGGUUGCAAUGGAAGUUGGGGUCAAUGUGAGGAGGCUGCACUCCAAUGAAGGUACAGAAAUUCUACCACGACCUCCAGUUGUAACUGUCAUGGGCCAUGUUGACCAUGGGAAAACUUCACUUUUGGAUGCUCUACGUCAGACAUCUGUGGCUGCCAAAGAAGCUGGAGGGAUUACUCAGCAUGUUGGUGCUUUUGUUGUUGGCAUGACAUCUGGAGCGUCAAUUACAUUUCUUGACACCCCUGGUCAUGCAGCAUUUAGUGCGAUGCGAGCUAGAGGGGCUGCCGUUACAGAUAUAGUUGUGCUUGUUGUAGCUGCUGAUGAUGGGGUGAUGCCUCAGACUCUUGAAGCCAUGGCCCAUGCAAAGGCAGCUACAGUACCAAUUGUUGUUGCAAUUAAUAAAUGUGAUAAACCAGCUGCUAAUGCAGAAAAAGUAAGACUCCAGCUUGCGUCGGAGGGCUUGCUGCUAGAGGAUAUGGGUGGGGAUGUUCAGGUUGUUGAGGUUUCAGCUAUGAAGAAGACUGGAUUAGAUAACUUGGAGGAGGCGUUGCUUCUCCAGGCUGAGAUGAUGGAUCUGAAAGCUCGUAUUGAUGGACCGGCCCAAGCUUAUGUGGUGGAAGCAAGACUUGAUAGGGGAAAGGGUCCAUUGGUUACUGCGAUAGUGAAAGCAGGAACUUUAAUUUGUGGGAAAUAUGUCGUCGUGGGCUCCGAGUGGGGUAGAAUAAGGGCUAUUCGGGACAUGGCAGGGAAGUCGACAGAGCGGGCAACACCUGCGAUGCCAGUUGAGAUUGAAGGCCUGAAGGGACUUCCAAGGGCUGGAGAUGAUAUCAUUGUUGUGGAAUCUGAGGAGCGAGCUAGAAUGCUUAGUGCAGGGAGGAAGAGGAAGUUCGAGAAAGAUAGACUCAUGAAAAUUCUGGAUGGAAGGGUAGAAGAUUCAGAAACAGAACCAUCAGAUGAGGCGCCUAAGCGGGUUGAAUUGCCAAUAAUAGUAAAAGGGGAUGUGCAGGGUACUGUCCAAGCUGUUACAGAUGCAUUAGGGAGUUUAAAUAGUCCUCAGGUUUUUGUGAAUGUGGUACAUGUUGGUGUUGGGUCACUAUCUCAGUCUGAUGUGGACAUGGCACAAGCCUGUGGUGCAUGUAUUAUUGGAUUUAACAUCAAGGCUCCACCCAGUUCCAUCAGUUUGGCUGCGUCUCGAGCCAAUAUCAAGAUAAUGCAACACCGUGUGAUCUAUCAUCUUCUGGAGGACAUUGGGAACUUUAUAGUUAAGAAGGCCCCUGGGACUACUGAGACCAAGGUUGCUGGGGAAGCCGAGGUUCUUAGUAUUUUUGAGCUCAAAGGAAGGAGCAAGUCUAAGGGACCUGAUGUGAAGAUUGCCGGAUGCCGGGUGGUUGAUGGUUUUGUCACUAAAUCAGCAACCCUAAGGCUUCUUAGGAGUGGAGAAGUUAUAUUUGAGGGAUCAUGUGAAUCGCUUAAGCGGGAGAAACAGGAUGUGGACACGGUAAAGAAGGGGAAUGAGUGUGGACUGGUGAUCCAAAAUUGCUAUGAUUUCCAGGUUGGUGACAUGGUCCAGUGCUUGCAGCAAGUUAUAAGGAAGCCCAAAUUCAUUUCAUCGGAGAGUGGUGCUGUUCGAAUAGAGUGUUGAAUUGUUGAUUAUUUUCUCGAUAGUAAUAUGCUGAAGUAAACGACCUGAAGUUUUGAUUGUUUGCCUGGCAUCUCAGCAAGUAGAUGAAAUUCUUGUACCAUUACAGUCCAUAAAACGUUGGAUUUAUGUGGAGCUCAUUUUGUCAUCCAACUACAUUCUGGAGCAGCUUAGAAACCCUAAACCUUAUUUUAUGUAGGCACCAAUUUUGGAGACCGCAGUGGAUUCAUUUGUUUAGGAACAUCACACUAAUCAUUCUGUUGUACCAUUGAGAAACUGCUGAUUAUAAAUGCAACAAGAACGCUAGGGUCACCAUGUCUAAUACUCCAAGUAGCAGGGACUAGUUGCUGAGCCUGCGCGUUGCAGCGGGGUAUUUUUUUGUUUUGCCUCAAUUGUUUGGCUUGUGUGAGAUUAUAAACAGUACAAAAACUACAUCGGGAAAGUAGGAAAUAUAACUGACA